AUGCUCUUUGGGCUAACCUUCAACAAAGUAAAGGUUGCAGUCAAGAUUAUUGACAAGGCCAGGCUUCCGGACGAAUAUUCGCUGAAAAAUAUACAUAGAGAGGCUCAGAUCAUGCGAAUGAUUGAUCAUCCAAAUGUCAUUCAGCUUUUUGAAGUAAUGGAAACUAAAAAAAAUCUGUUUUUGGUAUUAGAAUAUGCUACUGGUGGUGAGCUUCUUGAUUACAUUGUAGCUAAUGGAAAGUUACGGGAAGAGGAUGCUAAAAAGUUUGUUCGACAGAUUCUAUCAGCUUUACAUGACUGCUCUACAAUUUCACGCACAUAUUUUGGACUGUCAAAUAUAUUCAAUCCCGAAUCAGUGCUUGGGACUUCUUGCGGCUCACCAGUAUACUCGGCACCAGAGCUAAUAGAAGGGAAAAAAUACGUAGGACCAGAAGUAGAUGCAUGGUCUCUUGGAAUCAAUGUGUAUGCCAUGGUGGUAGGCGACUUGCCUUUUGCAGAUGCCAAUCUCACUGCGUUGUACGAAUCCAUUCUUCGUGGUAAAUACCAAAUUCCUGACUUUGUGUCAUCCGAUUGUAAAGACUUUAUUGCCAAAUUAUUGGUAUUAAAUCCAAAAAAACGAGCCACUAUUUCACAAAUGCAAGAUCAUUCAUGGCUGAAUGAUGGUACAAGUUUUUUGGAACCCACUUCCUCACUACCUCAGGGAGGAUUUCGACCUAAAACAGAAGAUCAGCUCGAUCCGUUUAUUCUAGAACAGCUAGAGCAAAUGGGAUUUGAACGAAAAGCUGCCGCACAAGCUGUUUUAUCUGGAAAGUUUAACCAGCCAGCAGGAACUUAUUAUUUACUAGCCUAUGCACGUCGAAAAAACUGCAACAUAGCUGUAGGCCAACAACAAAGUGGCGCAAAUUGUAGCAUACAGGGAAUCGGUGAUACAUAUAAAGAGCUUGAUGAUGAAUUUGGCGACCAACAAAGAAUGAAAAUUCAAUCAAAUGGAGAUGUAACCAGUGAUGAGCUGGCGCGCAUUCUAUUUCAAGUGGAAGGAAUCCGUGGAGCUGCCGAAUUAUCUACCAAGGAUGGCAAUCGACAUACAUUUAAAGACAUGCAUAUUACAGAUCGACGAAGUCGACAACCAAGCGCAAAUCAAUAUUCAUCCAAUAUUCCAUCAUCGAAUGUAGUCAAGGCAUCGGUGGAUACAAAGCUUAACAAACCAGUGAUUAGACGUGCUCGUGCUAAAGGAGUGACAGUAAACCCAACAUCUGGUGUAUCCACAAAGCAAACGUCAAACACAACAUCAUCAUCAAUUCAUAUGUCAACUUUACCCUGUAAAAACAGCUCAGAGUUUUUAGACAUGCGUUCAAUAGACACCCAGUCGCUUUUGCCGCGAAUUGUACAGAAUCUAACGAAUCGUGCAUUCCAAUCAAAAGUGGUUAAUUUACCUAAUAUCAACAGUCCAUCAUUCAACAGUAAAAAUAACAGUUUCACACAUUUGAAUGAUGUGUCUCCUUUACUAAAACACUCGGCCAAUCCCCAGUUUGACUUAUCUGGGCAUAGCCAAGCCGCCUCUGCCAAACCACCCGUAUCAAGACAAAUGCCAAAAAACACCCAUAUUGCCAUAGACGAGUCAAUGUACAUCAGUAAAGAUCAAGAAAAUGAUACUGGAGAUCAGCCUUGUUCAAGUUCAAUGGGAGCACCACGUACGAUUCGUUUUGCAUUCAACUGCACAGCAACGACUAUGGUGCAGCCUGAUAUUCUAUUCAAUCGACUAAAAAGUACAUUUGAGCAAAACGACAUUGAUUGGCGACAUGAUGGAUAUCUGUGUGAUUGCGAAUGGGGUGAUAUCAAGUUUGAAGUUGAAGUAUGCAAACUUCCUCGCGUUCGCAGCUAUGGAAUUAGACUAAAACGAAUCAGUGGCGAUAUUUGGGAAUACAAAAAACUGUGCAGUAAAAUAACAAAUGAUUUAGAAAGUCUGCAAUAA